CUCUCGGGACUCAGUAGCAGGUCCUGACUCUGGAGGACUUCUCAGAACACAGUGACUCUGUCUCUGCCCUCUUUUGCUGCCUGUCCAAAAGCAGAGCAUCCUACUUGGAUUUCUCUCUGUUUUUCCAGGAUCUGUUCAUUCCCUUCUGCUGCUUCGUGCAAGAUGGAGCUGGAAAAUGCAAUGAUCAGCUCCUCGAGCGGUUCUUCAGCAGGCUCCAGAGAGUACAAGGUGGUGAUGCUGGGAGCAGGGGGAGUUGGCAAAAGCGCAAUGACAAUGCAGUUCAUUAGUCAUCGGUUCCCUGACUACCAUGACCCAACUAUAGAGGAUGCCUAUAAAACUCAAGUCCGAAUUGAUGAUGAACCAGCCUAUCUGGACAUUCUAGACACUGCUGGACAGGCAGAAUUCACAGCCAUGAGGGACCAGUAUAUGCGAGGUGGAGAAGGCUUCAUUAUCUGCUAUUCCAUCACAGACCGCCAAUCCUUUCAAGAAGCAGCUGAGUUUAAGGAACUCAUUUAUCGUGUCCGGCACACCUACGACAUCCCCGUGGUGCUGGUGGGAAACAAAAUAGACCUUGAGGAGUUCAGACAGGUCUCAACGGAAGAAGGAAUGAGUUUAGCCAGAGAAUAUUCCUGCUCCUUUUUCGAGACUUCAGCUGCUCUCCGCUUUUACAUUGAUGAUGUCUUUCAUGGACUAGUGAGGGAAAUUCGAAGGAAAGAGUCCUCACUGUCCAUGAUAGAGAAGAAAAUGAAGAGGAAGGAUAGCCUGUGGCGGAAACUGAAGGGAUCCCUGAAGAAAAAAAAGGAAAGUACAACCUGAUGGCAAUUCUUUAUGAGCCACUCAUCAGGAGCUGACCACAGUAACCUGUAAUAAUUCAAAAAGGCAGCAUUGACACAGCAUCUUCCAGGCCAGGUCCUGGAGUUCCUUCCCGUCAGCUCUCAUGCAGAAGUUGUUCCUUGAGGGCCCAAUUAGUGGUCUCCCUGUGACUCUUCUGUUCUAUAGCGUCAUUUAGCAUACCCUCUCAUACCUUUUCUGCAACUCUGAGUGGAGAAAAUACUGUGUUUUUUAACGUGUGCUCCAUGGCUGGUCUUCAAAUGCUAUGAGUUACGCCAGCAUCCAAGGCAGAACCAGCUUCCACCAGCUCUAGAAAAAUGGAUACACCCAUUGCCUCCUCCUCUGCAUGCACAGGUCAUUUCACCAUCCCAGGAACGAAUGACAUUGAUUUCAAUGGACAUUUUGACUGUUUAAGGACUUUUGGGAUGUGACCUUCAGCUUUGCAUUCACAUGUAGGUUUAGGGUUAGCGUGUGCUCAGCCUGCACACCCGUGUCUGUGUGUGAACGUGUCUGUGAGCCAGGCCCAAAGGGAACCUGGGGACUCACAAUUCUGACCCUGCGCUGCCCCAUCCCCAUUGUGUCCUGCCCAGACAGCAGGCAGGUUUUGCAAGCAGAGUACAAGUCGUGCACCAGCCCUGCAGAGGCUGCAGGGCUGCUGCUCUGUCUCCUCUGAGCUGCACUUGCCAGGGCUGGCUGGCAGAGGUGCCAUGUUCUUCAGAUGUGCUGUGCACUAAAGUCAUACAAGAUUUUGUGUUGGAAAGAAAUUUUUAAAGGCCACCUGGGACAUAUCCCUGCAAUGGACAGGGAGACCUGCAACUCGAUCAGGUUUCUCAGAGUCCUGUUCAGCCUGACCUUGGAUGUUUCCAGGGAUGGGGCAUCCACCAGCCAUCUGGGCAUCCUGUGCCAGUGCUUCACCAUCAGCCCCACUCCCCUGUCCCAUCAAGGAGCUCAGAAGUGCUCUGUCUGUCCAAUGAGUCCCAGAGCCCAUCCCUGGAGCAGUGCAGCUCUGUCCCAGCAUGGAACAGCAUCUGUGAUGUAGCAUCCAGCCCUUAACUUACUAGAGAAUUGCAUCAGCUCAAUCACCAUUGCUCACAGUCCUUGACCAUCCAACUGAACCACUUGAUUAAGCAGUUGGAUAAGUCUUUUUAAAUAUUCCUUUUUAAAGCUGGCAUGAAGUAGAAUAUAUGCUCCUAAACAUUUUUCACCCCCUUGGAGUUCCUUUAAUGUUGUUGCUAUUUAUAAAUUUUAUAGAUAGAAUAUGCAUAAGUUUUGUCAAAAAUAAAGAUUGUGAUUUCCAUGGAGCCAUACUAGUUGUCAGUGUCAUUUGUGUCUGUCCUGGACUGACAAUUGAUAUAACAAAAAAAUAUGUAUCUUUAUUAAAUGCUCCUUUUUCACUUUUUUUUUUGAUUAUUUUGCAGAGUUUCAACCAAUUAUAUUUUGCAUACUCUGUGUUGGAGUAGAUUUGUUUUCCUCUGUAAAAUUUGGAAAGAUUAUGGUAUUGUGAAUAACUUUAGUUCAUU